AAAGUCCCUCCUCUCCACUAUUCGGUCGAGCAGCUCUCUCUCUCUCACAACUCCGUCCUUAUUAUUUGCUUUCAGCUUUGCUGCAAAAAUGGCGACAGCUGGUAAGGUCAUCAAGUGCAAGGCAGCAGUGGCCUGGGAGCCCAACAAGCCUUUGGUGAUUGAGGAGGUCGAAGUAGCCCCGCCCGAGGCCAACGAGGUCCGCAUCAAGAUUGUGGCGACCGCGUUGUGCCAUUCUGACCUGUACCACCUUUUGGAGAGUAUGCAUGAAGACGGCUUCCCGGUCAUCCUCGGCCACGAGGCAGCCGGCUUCGUGGAGAGCGUCGGGCCUGGAGUCACUGAAUUUCAGCCAGGAGACAAGGUCAUUCCUCUUUUCAUCUCCCAGUGUGGAGAAUGUCGCUUCUGUGUGAGUCCAAAGACCAACCAGUGUGAGAAAGGAUGGUCCAUUGGUCGUCUGAAUGAGAUGUCACCGGCAGAGUCCAGGUUCACCUGCAAGGGGAAGAAGGUGCUCCAGUUUGCAGGAACCAGUACCUUCUCUGAGUACACGGUGGUGAACCAGAUGGCUGUGGCUAAGAUCGACCCCGCUGCCCCUCUGGACAAAGUCUGUCUCCUUGGCUGUGGGGUCUGCACGGGAUACGGAGCGGCAGUGAACACUGCUAAGGUGGAACCGGGCUCCACGUGUGCCGUGUUCGGUCUGGGAGCUGUGGGCUUGGCUGCGGUCAUGGGCUGCAAGGCCGCAGGAGCCAAGAGGAUCUUUGCCGUUGACAUCAAUCCGGAUAAGUUCGAGAAGGCCAAGGUGUUCGGGGCGACCGACUUCGUGAACCCCAAGGAUCACAGUAAGCCCGUGAGCGAGGUGCUGUCCGAGAUGACCGACGGAGGAGUGGACUUCUCCCUGGAAUGUGUCGGGAAUGUGGCGGUCAUGCGCAGCGCCUUGGAGUCUUGUGUGAGAGGUUGGGGCGUCAGCGUGCUGGUCGGCUGGACGGACAUGGCCGACGUUGCUACUCGCCCCUUUCAGCUCCUCUCUGGACGCACAUGGAAGGGCUCCCUGUUCGGAGGCUUUAAGGGUAAGCAGGACGUACCUCAGAUGGUCAAAAAGUACCUGGACAAGAAGGUGAAGCUGGAUGAGUUCAUCACUCACACCAUGACUCUGGACCAGGUCAAUGAUGCCAUUGAGCUGAUGAAGCAGGGCAAAUGCAUCCGGACGGUCAUGAAUGUUUCUUCUCAAUGAGACCACUGCGAUGCUUUCAAUGACCCCAAAUUGAAUUGUCAUUUACCACCAUUUACCACUGUAUUUGACAACGAGCACUAAAAUAUAGGGCUGUCAAUCGAUUAAAAAAAAUUAACUAAUUAAUCGCACAUUUUGAAAAUCAUUAAUCGCGAUUAAUCGCGAUUAAAAGGUUUUUUUUCUUCUAAAGACUAAAUCUUCUAAAUGAACGAGUAAUCCCUUUGUAUUCUUUUUAAAGACAAAACUUCACACAGAGCUGUGUUUUCAAAGAGGCUCCUACCUAUAAAGUGCCAGCGAGGUAUUUAAUAUCGUGGAUGAUAAAUUGUUUCUUCAGUGAAACAUCCAGAUUAGUAAAAAAAAAAGAAGUAUAUUGAGACCCCAUUGGUCCUGUCAUCUUUAACACUGAACAGCAGAACCAGUGGCCUUGGUAACUGACUGACAUUCACAUAUGUCCUGUUCACCCUCUGGAGGCUGGGGGCAUUUUAUACAUUUUACAAAAAAAUGUAAAUUCACCUUUUAAAGACAUUUGCAUAUUACACAUCCCCAUGUGUAAUACAUCAAACAUUCCAGAACAAUCUCAGCUCUAUAUAUUGAGGCACAUUGUCCUCGCGCCGUGUUCUCUGCUUCUCUGACAGACAGGCUGCUAAUGAGCCUCACAUCUGUGGUGGGAGGUCCUUGUGAUUUACUGAGUGUUCAUUGGUUGUUUUUUCGCUAAAUGUUGACAGACAAACGGAUUGACCAAUCACGUUGAAGGUUUCGUGUGACGAGUUCUUUCCGCGCCGCGUCACCCAACCCGUCGCCCCUCUGUUCCUCUGUGUAUCAGAGGGGGCGGGAGGAAGGAGCGGAGGUGGAAACCCGACUGAUUUCGCGGAGAAAUAAUUGUUUUAAAAACGGAAACAGUGUCAAACCGCACUGCCGCGGUUUGACACUGGAUUAAUAAAGUAUAUUUAAAAAUUAAAAAAAAUUGUUGUGCGUUAUCACGGCCACAUUAAUCGCAUAGAUUAACGCGUUAACGCUGACAGCCCUACUAAAAUACUAAUCUGCUUGUCCGAUUCACGGAUAUCAUCUGCAGUGUAAGCUAAACAUAUCAAAGUGUCUAAAGACCUAAAUAAACACGACAAACAGAUAAACUC